GAAGAGGCCAAAGAGGAGCCUAGGGUUUUGUAAUAUAAGCUUGAUCUCGCAUUAGGUCAAAUUCCGCCUCUUGCCUUCUCGUCACUCAUCUCCACAGCAAACAAUGGUGUUUGUGAAGCCCCACAAGUCGAAUGCUUACUAUAAGAGGUACCAAGUGAAGUUCAGGAGAAGAAGAGAUGGAAAGACUGAUUACAGGGCAAGGAUCCGUCUUAUCAACCAAGAUAAGAACAAGUACAACACACCCAAGUACCGCUUUGUUGUCCGGUUUACCAACAAAGACAUAGUGGCGCAAAUUGUGUCUGCAAGCAUUGCUGGUGACAUUGUUAAAGCCUCUGCUUACGCACAUGAGCUGCCUCAGUAUGGACUCUCUGUUGGUCUUACCAACUAUGCUGCUGCUUACUGUACUGGGCUUCUUUUGGCUCGUCGUGUUCUGAAAAUGUUGGAAAUGGACGACGAGUAUGAGGGCAACGUUGAGGCUACUGGUGAGGACUAUUCUGUGGAACCAACUGAUUCCAGGAGACCUUUCCGUGCUCUUCUUGAUGUUGGACUUAUCAGGACCACAACUGGAAACCGUGUGUUUGGUGCACUCAAGGGUGCUUUGGACGGUGGUCUUGAUAUCCCACACAGUGACAAGAGAUUUGCUGGUUUCAACAAAGAGAACAAGCAACUUGAUGCUGCAAUCCACAGGAACUACAUCUAUGGUGGCCAUGUUUCAAACUACAUGAAGACAUUGGCGGAAGAUGAGCCAGAGAAGUUACAGACUCACUUCAGUGCUUACAUUAAGAAAGGAGUUGAAGCUGAAGGCAUCGAGGAGUUGUACAAGAAGGUUCACGCUGCUAUUCGAGCAGACCCCAACCCAAAGAAAACUGUGAAACCUGCUCCCAAGCAACACAAGAGGUAA